AUGGCUAUUAACUGGUUUCACCUUGACUCCAUCACUGCAAAUGUUGUUGUGGGAGUGGUUAUUAUAGCUGUGUUGUUCGUUGAGAUCAGUAAGAGAAUACCGAAUCCAUCCAAACUGCCAGUUUUCAAUGAUCGAAAAUGGUUCGAGUUCGGCUAUGGCAAAGCAACGGCACGGUACAUUGCUGAUCCAGAGGGAUGGAUAAGACAUGGGUUGAAGAAUGGCGGAGACGCGUUUUAUUUGUGCACAGAGGCACACUUCCGCUUGAUUCUGAGCCCGAAAUAUGCCGAUGUAAUUGGAGGUGAUAACAGAUUUGACUUGGGGGUGUUCGUAGGUGAGGACUUCCAUGCAGGAAUCCCAGGAUUUGAGCCACUCGCAAACAUCGCCUUGGAAUCCAAGAUUUUACAGACCACUGUCAAAACAAAGCUAUCACGCCAGACUCCCAAGCUUGUCAGCCCACUUUCCACAGAGGCUAGUUGGGCCCUGCAGACGAACUGGACUGAGGAAUCCGAAUGGCAUCAAGUCAACCUGAAACAGACGAUGAGUCAAAUUGUGGCACAAAUGGUAACUCGAGGAUUUCUUGGUGAUGUUGACCUGUGUCGGAACCCAGCCUGGCUGAACUGUAUAUAUGACUUCCUGGAAGAUUCAUUUAUUGCCGCUCAUCAUUUGCGCCGAUGGCCAAUGCCCUUGAGGCUUCUUGCUUCUCGGUUUAUGCCAAGCUGUCGAAAGGUUCGGGAAGAGCUCCAAAAGGUCAUAAAAUACCUUGAGCCGUUGCUUGACAAAGCGGAUGGCCCUGAUGCAGAGAUGACUGCGAUUAGCUGGGUUAAGGAGGCAAGCAAAGGCUCCGCAUAUGACUUUACUACAUUGCAGCUCACACUUGCGCUUGCUUCACUUGAUACAUCCAACGACCUGCUUGUUAAGACUAUCUGUGACCUCUCCACUAAUCCGACCCUGGUGGAUGACAUUCGCAAAGAAAUCAUUGAAGUUGUUGGAGAGGCGGGAUUAACCAAAUCAUCUCUACAAAGGUUAUUUCUUUUGGACAGUGCAAUGAAGGAAAGCCAAAGACUUAGACCCCUCGGGUAUAGCAACAUGGAGCGAGUUGCAAAAGAGAGAGUAGUCCUACCUGAUGGAUUAAUUAUCCCGAAGGGAACUGCGAUUAUGGUGUCCGCAUGUCAUAUGAUGGACUCCUCAGUUUGGCCGGAUGGAGACAAAUAUGACGGCUACCGAUUUGCAACCCUGCGUAAAAACGCGAAGAAUUCUCUGACAAGCCCCUUUCAACUUACUUCCACGAGUUCAGACCACAUGGGCUUUGGACACGGGAAACAGGCAUGUCCUGGAAGGCACUACGCGGCCAUCUUUGGCAAAAUACUACUAUGCCAUGUUCUAUUGAAGUAUGAUUUCAAUGUGAUAUUGCCUGAGGAAGGUUGUAUUCAGCUGCGUGGCCAUAACAUAUUACCUCACGCAAACAUCAAAAUCAACAUUAGACGACGGAAAGCAGAAAUUUCUUUGUGA